UUAACUACAAUGUAAAGGACGAGAACCGAUACCAUGACAUUUAUUGCGAAAUUCCAUGAACCGGAAACUCAGGUGUUUCUCUCGCCAAACACUGGAAGAGUACUUACCUUUUGCCUUGUUUUUAUCCAAAGAAUUGUGUUUUUAGACCUGUUGUAGUCAAACGUUAAUUAUUUUUGAUUUGUUGGAAAAGAAAAUCGUAAAGUAGUUCGAGUUUUUUAAGUGCAUGACAGGUAACGUCGGUAGGAUUUACCUGAGAGUCCCGUAGUGAAAGUAAUGACCCACCUUUUUUCAACAUGAAAUCCCGAUCUCUUCUCCCCUACUGUAUUUGUUUGAUCAAUUUGGUGACUACUGCAGCCCUAAAGUAUGCCCUUGUGGGGAACAGCACCACUUUUAAGACGGGCAUCAACACACCAGAGCCUCCUGAGGAAAUUCUGUGGAAACAUAAUGGCAACAAAAUGGUUGAGUUUGACGGGCAGCAGCAGAAACCCUUUAACCCGUUUAUAGAUAGGAUCACUCUUAACUGGCAUACCGCAGAACUGACGAUUGCAAAUCUCAAGUAUGAAGACAGCGGAGAUUAUGAUGUGGAAGUAUUUGCUAAUAAAAAAUUACAUCCUGCGUCUUUUCAACUGGAGGUCAUCGAUCCAGUACCAAAGCCUUCCAUAUCCUGCAAGAUCAACGCAGGAGGCAAUGCAACGCUCACAUGCUCUGCAGAGGUCAAGGGGCCUUAUACCAAACUGGAGUUCAGCUGGACCCCACCUGGGAACGAAAAGUCAAGUUCAAGUCUAGAAAUAAAGCUUGGAGAUAAACAGGACAGUCAGGUGUACGAAUGCAAAGUUAAAACCCAACUGUCAGAGGAAGUUUCCUCCUUCACUGCGAAGGACUGCUACACUGAGGAAACUUCUGCUGGAAGGAUUGCUGGCAUUGUAGUUGGACUCCUCAUUCCCAUUCUUUUGGUAAUCGUCGUCGUCUCCUGCCUGUACAAGAAAGGUUGUCUUUUUAAACCAAAACAUCAUGAUGGGGGUUACGAUGAGGAAAAGCAGACACAGUUGAACAGUGCCAAUGACGUUAAAGAAAACAAUGGAGGUGGAAUUGAAGAAGAAAGACGCCUGCUGGUACGAGAAGAAACUAUGCCGUCCACUCAGCCACUCUACCAAAGGAAUACAGAUAAGUUUCAGGAAGAGUUGAGACGAAGCGUUAGACAACACUCUUCAAAGAACCAGCAGGAUGAGAGCCCUUCGGUUCUACCCCAACCACCCUUGAAGCCCAGUCGCUCUAUAGUGUCGCCUUCAAAGAGCCAAACACACAAUGAGGAAAGUGAAGUCAAUGGAGAUGCUAAGGAAAAAGAGCCAGAGAGUGAUCCUUUACCCAGUGAGAAGGCCGCUGAUGUAGACCCAGAAAAGAACCAGCAUGAGAUCCCUUCAUCUCCUCCCCAACCACCCUUGAAGCCCAGUCGCUCUAUAGUGUCGCCUUCAAGGAGCCAAACACACAAUAAGGAAGGUAAAGUCAAUGGAGAUGCUGAGGAAAAAGGUCCAGAGAGCGAACCUUUACCCAGUGAGAAGACCACUGAUGUAGAACCAGGUUCACAGCAAAACCAGCACGAGAUCAUUUCACCUCUUCUCACUGUGCCUGUAGAGCAACACAACACAGAAGACCCCCAUGCAAAGGAAGCCAUCAAAGAAACAGAAGCAAAGGUUUCAGAGAGCGCUCCUUCAGGCCUCGAGCAGAAAACUGUCGGAGAAUCAAUGAAUCAGGACCAGACUGAAAGCUCACAUCCUCCUCCAGUGGCAGCAAAGCCAAGUCGAGCCUCGUAUAUCAACAGAGUUUACAAGAACCCUGCUGGUGAAGAAGAUUCAGAGAAGAAGAAGGAGGAAGUUUCUUUUCUGACGUCUGUGCAAAGCAGCACUUCAGUCCCACCCACAGACACCAAGGAAGCCGUGGAACAAGAAGAAAAUCCAAAAGAAAACUCUUCAGGAAUCGAUUUUCCCGUCUCUAAGGAAACCGCUGUUGUGUUGCCGGAUUUGACAGAAAAACAGAAGACUGAAAGCUCACAUCCUCCUCCUGUGGCAGCAAAGCCAAGUCGAGCCUCGUAUAUCAACAGAGUUUACAAGAACCCUGCUGGUGAAGAAGAUUCAGAGAAGAAGAAGGAGGAAGUUUCCUCUCUGACGUCUGUGCCAAGCAGAGCUUCAGUCCCACCCACAGACACCAAGGAAGCCGUGGAACAAGCAGAAAAUCCAAAAGAAAACUCUUCAGGAAUCGAUCCUCCCGUCUCUAAGGAAACUGCUGUUGUGUUGCCGGAUUUGACAGAAAAACAGAAGACCGAAAGCUCACAUCCUCCUCCUGUGGCAGCAAAGCCAAGUCGAGCCUCGUAUAUCAACAGAGGUUUCAAGAACCCUGCUGGUGAAGAAGAUUCAGAGAAGAAGAAGAAGGAGGAAGUUUCAUCUCUGACGUCUGUGCCAAGCAGCACUUCAGUCCCACCCACAGACACCAAGGAAGCCGCGGAACAAGAAGAAAAUCCAAAAGAAAACUCUUCAGGAAUCGAUCCUGCCGUCUCUAAGGAAACCGCUGUUGUGUUGCCGGGGUCUGAUGUAGUGGGAGAUGAGCAUAAACAGCCAAAGUGUAGUGCUGACACCAGCGUUUCUGCCCCUGCUGAGCCACCCGCUUCACCCGUGACCCAAAAUGUUCCAAAGACGCCUCCCAACGAGGCUGUUGAACCAGAAGGAAAUGGCUUCACGGGUCCAGCCUCUCCAGAGCCAUCAGAGAGAAAAGCUGAGCAACCUGAGGUUAAAGACUCGCAGAAUAUCAUUGAGGUAAAAACACCACCACCCCCCACUCCAGAGCCAAACCCCGCUGGAGCGGGAACGCAAACGGGAGCCGGGCAGCAGGAGAAAGACAAGCGGGUCCCUCCUGCAGAAGAGGAGGAAUCCCAGAAAGAGAACAGUCAUUUAAUAGACCAUGAACAAGAUGAGGGCCACAAUUCAGAACCAGAAGAGAGUUUCCAAACCCCCCCAUGCUCGCCAAAACGAUCCCCAAAGGAGGCCAAGGUCGGGUCUGACAGCAGCAGUGGAGAAGACCAAAGCAAAGAGGAUGAAGGAGAAGCAGCUCUUAGCGAACCUAAACAUUCACAAUGAGGGUUUAAUGAGAAUGAAUGCAGUCAAAAAAGCUUCAUAUACCACAGUAAAAAGGUGAAUUCAAUAAAAUAAAGGUCAAAUAAAACAUGACAGAUUAGAGAAACUUUUAUUAAGAUGAUAAAAAAAUGAAAUACUUCAUUAUAAAAAAUGCCUGUCAGUCAUUUAAAAAGACCGAAAACAAAAGAUUCUCUUUUUUAAACUGCAUUUGUUCAUGUUUCUGUACAGGUUUGAGUUUUCUGGACAGCUCUUUAAAUUAUCAGAGCUGUUGGACAAAAUAGGCAAACUUAAUUGAAUGCAUCAUAAUGUUGGGGGCGACUGAUAGAAAUGUGCCUUUAAAAGUCAGGGUUAACCACGAUCGGUCUUUUUCUCAUUACAUUUUCUAAGUUAAAUUGCUUAUAAAAGCUGUUCAGUGUUUGUCUCCACUAAUCAAAAAUAAUUCAAGUACUUGGACAGUGGUGCUUUUUAUGACAAACGUUCAGUAAAAAAUGCUAAAGUUACUUUUUAGAAUUUUUCUGUUAUUAAUUUAUGUUUGGAAGGAUUACAGUCAGCAGCAAAAAUAGGAAAAUGUUUAUUCACCAUAGUUCUGUUUGUUAUUGGUGGGUCUUUUUGAUUUGUUUUUAAGUUGUAAUAUAAAACAAUGGAAGCUAAAACAGAAAUGUUUUUAUUUAGUAUUAUACUUUAAUAAAGUUAUUUUAUUAGGUGCAAAUAAUUUGUUAGUAAUCUAUACUAACAAUGUACAUAUAUUGAAUAUUUUGACAAAAAUACUAUAUUUCUUAUUUUCUGCACUGAUGGCCUGGAUUUAAGAAAAGAAAAUGGAAAAGCGAACAGAACUACAAUAUUUUGUUUUUUUUGUUUUUGAUAUUGUUGUUUUAUUAAAUGAUCAUCUUUCAAAAGCAGAAGUCAUUUAUAUUUUCUGAUCAGACUGAUUUACCUUCUGUUCAUGGACCAUAUGUGGGACUAGGAUUUCUUUUAAAUGAAAACACAAUAAAAUCCUCCAGAAGUUCAUGAAAUAUCCACGAAAAUAACACUAAAUCAGCCUUAACGCUGAGUGAAAGGUAAGACUAGUGCUUCGUCAAUAGGGGGCAGUGUUUAUCAGCCUUUCCUUGUGUUUCUUGCUUUUUUUUGUGAUCCAAAAUGUUAGAAAUAUUCUUUUUAAGGCCCAGCCAUUAAGAUAAGUCCAGGAUAUUAGUUUCUGUAAAGACAACCUUGAUUACAAAAUGUAAAGUACUUAAUAAUAAACCUCGCUGUUACAGGAGUGUAUGAAAGCACAUUUUUCAAAGUCCAAAACCUUGAAUGAAAUGGAGGAUUUUAAUGAAAGUUCACAAGCUUCAUUAGAAUGAAUAAUGCUGGAGUUGAUGGAUGCUUGGAUAUAUAUUAAAGGUUUGUUUUUU